AUGUCGGCGGUUAAAAUCUUUUCCCUGGCAAAGCAGAGUAAUCGAUUGGUUCGCCCGUCUUCGUUUUCGGCUGCCGCCAGGUGCUACAGUUCGCAGCCGAAGCCUGCUGCAAUUAAACCAGAAGAGUACUAUUAUGUGAACAAUAAGGAAACGAGUAUGGAUAUGAACGACAUUACCGAUCGGGCGGCACAAACGAUCUUCUGGACGGAACUGUUCCGUGGCGCUGCUGUUACUCUAGCGCACAUCUUCAAGGAACCGGCAACCAUCAAUUAUCCGUUCGAGAAGGGUCCUCUGAGCCCGCGUUUCCGUGGUGAACAUGCCCUUCGUCGCUAUCCGAGCGGAGAGGAACGUUGCAUCGCGUGCAAACUGUGCGAAGCCAUCUGUCCCGCUCAGGCGAUCACCAUCGAGGCGGAGGAACGUGCCGAUGGUAGCCGACGUACGACUCGUUACGAUAUUGACAUGACCAAGUGCAUAUACUGUGGCUUCUGUCAGGAAGCUUGCCCGGUCGAUGCCAUCGUCGAAGGACCGAACUUUGAAUUUUCGACCGAAACCCACGAGGAGCUGUUGUACAACAAGGAAAAGUUGUUAAGCAAUGGUGAUAAAUGGGAGUCAGAAAUCGCCACCAACAUCAACGCUGAUUACUUGUACCGCUAA